AUGACAAAAAAGAUCAAACAUGGAAAAAAUGAUGGGUCGGAGAGGGAAUUGUCGAAAAAAGCAAAGAUUACGGUGAAUGAGGAGGUUGGUUUUUGGAAACCAAGUUUUUUGCCGUGUUUUUACCCCAACUGAACGAAAAAAUUCUAAAAAAUUGAAAACAUUGUCAGGACGACAAUAUCUGCCAAAAAUGCAAUCGGCACACGCACAAGGACGAUCCGGAGGCGCGGCAAACGCGUAAAAACGGCGGGACGACGUUGAUGAGCAAGAAGAAAUCGCACUUUCGUCUGCUGGAGGACUUUGACCUGAUCGGCUGCGACAACUGCGCCCAGUGGUAUCACAAAGUGUGCUCCGGCCUCGAGCAGUUCCAGUACAACCUAUUCGACAAAUACUAUUGUCCCAAGUGCGUCCCGACCGUCGGAAACAGCGUCGGUACGCAUUUGUCGCAUUUUUGCACGAAGAUCACACAAUUCCCUCACUUUUCUAUCACAAAUGUUAACAAAAGACAAUUUUCUCUUCGUUGUAUCUUUAAAAUUCCGUCUGAAAUCGGCUUUUUGUCAGAAAAUUGAGGGAACUUGUGUCUAUCGUAUCCCUUCUCGAAUUUAAAGGCGCACAACUCUGGCUCGCGUCUCUGUCUUGAAAACUUUCGCUCCGUGCGAGACCCGUCAUCGAGAAAGGCGAGAGAAAGUUAGAAAAUUCAAGCAAUUGCAGAAUUCCCGCAAUCGGCGCCGCACCGCAAGACGUGGUGGUCGCCGGAGGAGAGAAAGUCGCCGAUGCAAGUGGGAUCCAAGCAGUGGAUACAGUACUUCACCUCGUGGGAAUCCAAAGUUCCACCGCCGUUCGUUGUUUUUUUCAAUAAACAUUGUGAGAAAAAGUGUCAAUUGCAGAUCGGCUUCAGAAUUGACCGUAGCGCAAAACGGCUUCGAAUUCAAGAAAGUGUUCGAGAAGGCGGGCGGCUUUGAAAAGUGGGACCGCGUGUAUUUGAUCCGCGAAAAGAAGGGCCUCGACAUGAAAAUGCCCGAUUUCGCCACUUUCGACCUGGAGAACGUCGUCGAAAUGAUGGGCGGAGCGUAUUUGGUCGACACGAUCGACGUCUACAGCCAGACGACGUGCUCCAUGAAGCUGGACACUUUUCUCGAGAAAUUCAGAAACACCGAAGACCGCAGCCUCAUCUACAACUUCCUCUCCCUCGAGUUUUCCAAGAAUCGCAGGUGGGUUCUUGAGAACCUUGCACAAUUGAGUUUUUUUGACGUAACAACAUGUAUUUGCAGACUGUGCGAAGUGGUACAAGCGCCGAAAUUCGUGCAGGACGUCUCGCUGGUCGACCUCGUUUUUGGCGGCGAUUCGAAUGAUCCGAAAGUGGCGGACGAGCACCGCCCACGCGUCGAACAGUUUUGUCUGGCCAGCAUGGCCGGCAGCUACACCGACUUCCACGUGGAUUUCGGCGGCAGCUCCGUCUACUAUCACAUAUUCUCCGUGCGUUGUUUUCUUUUUGUUGUUGUUGGACAAAUUUUGAGAAAUUCUGAGGUUGCAGGGCCAGAAGAUCUUCUACAUACUGCCGCCGUCGAACGAGAAUCUGGAGGCGUUCGCGGCGCACGAGACGGGCGGCUCGGCGAGCACGUGGUUCGGCAACAAGACGAACGGGCGGUGCAGACGGGUCCUGGUGAAUCGGGGCGAGACCCUGCUGAUCCCGUCCGGCUGGAUCCACGCGGUCCUCACGCCCGCCGACUCGCUCGUCUUCGGCGGCAACUUUUUGCAUUUGGGCAACUGCGCGAUGCAGUUCCGAAUAUUCGAUCUCGAGGCCCGGAUCCAGCAGACGACCCAAAUCGACGAGAAAUUCUAUUUCCCCAACUUCAAGCUCGUCCAUUGGCUCCUCAUGAGCAAGAUCCUCAUUCCUGCUAUCGUCGGUAUGUUUUUUUGGUGCGGAAGGGCAAAAGGCCUGCGGCGGCCUGCACUUUUGACCCACUUGCAAUGAUCCGAUCGGGUCCAGUCUUUGCAGACUUCUUGGACUUGGAUUGAAGUAUAUUGCAUCCAAGUUUCAGAGAUGUGUUGAAAAGACCACAAUUUUAGGGCUUUUCGGCCUCACACCAGUUUAUCUCGGGACCGGAUGAUCGGUCUGAAACUUGUACCCAAUAUACUUCAAUCCGAGCCCAAAAAUUCUGCAAAGUCUGGACCCGAUCGGAUCAUUGCAAGCGGGUCAAAAGUUAGAUAAGAUUGAAAAACAUGAUUUUUGUUAGAAGCCAACGGAUACGAAGAGGACAUCCGCGAGCGCUCGGCCCAUUUGUGGAAGUCGGCGAAGCUGACGGCGUCGUAUUUGAAGGCGUGGGCGGCCGAAACUCAGAAUAACCACGACGGAAUCGGUGCGGCGAAAAAAAGAGAAAUUCUGGCAAAGUACGACGAACAGCACGCCGUCCAGACACGCAUUCAGAAGCAGAAGAACCGAAAAUCAUAG